UUGCGGGCACCCCUCCCCUUUGCUCUGUUCCCGGCUGGGCGGGGAUGCGGACAAACCCGAGGACCGGUCGAUUCCAGGAGGACCGCGGGUCUGCACCUGAAUUGCCAGGUAGGUGGAUGUGAGAGGCUGGAUCCUCUUGGUUCUCUGGAAGGCAUCCUUCGUCCUCAGCACCAUGCUGUCCCCUCAGCGGGCUUUACUCUGCAACCUCAAUCACAUCCACCUCCAGCAUGUCUCCCUAGGCCUGCACUUGUCCCGCCGUCCUGAACUACGAGAGGGGCCUCUGAGCACACCCCCGCCUCCAGGAGACACAGGGGGCAAGGAAAACAGGGGCCCCUGCAGCGGGACCCUGGUGGAUGCCAACUCCAACAGUCCAGCUGUGCCCUGCCGAUGCUGUCAGGAGCACGGGCCUAGCAUAGAAAACCAGCAGGACCCUUUCCAGGAAGACGAAGAGGCCGCCUCGCCUUCUGAUCCCGGAUGCUCCUCUUCUCUCAGCUCCUGCUCAGAUCUUAGCCCCGAGUCCCCAGUGUCAGUCUACUCUCGCGACCUGCCUGGCAAUGAGGCUGCCCACCCCGAGUCCAGCAUCUUUCCCUUGGAGCCGGGCUCUCCUCUGGCUACAGGGAACCCUGGCACCUGCUCUCCGGACAGCUUUUGCUGCUCUCCGGAUUCUUGCUCCGGAAUAUCUUCCCCAUCCGGACCUGGCCUGGACUCCAACUGCAACGCCCUGACAACCUGCCAGGACCUACCUUCCCCGGGUCUGGAGGAGGAAGACGACAGUGGGGAACAGGAUCUUGCUACCUCUGAGCUCUCAGAGACCGAAGAUGGAAGAAUUGACGCAGGAAAAGCAGAGCCCAGUUGGAAAAUUAACCCCAUUUGGAAAAUUGACACAGAGAAAACUGAAGCUGGAUGGAAAGCCAUUGAGAACAGUGACUCUGGUUGGAAAAUCGAUGAAAAUACAAACUCGAGCUUGAAAACGGAAUCUGGGAAAUUGGCUUCUUGUUUGAACACCAAUUCUGGUUCGAAAAUAGAUGCAGGGAAAACUGAUGGGGGAUGGAAAGGUGACGUCAGCCAGGAGCCGGUACCCCAUCGGACAAUCACGUCUUUCCACGAGCUGGCCCAGAAGCGCAAGCGGGGUCCGGGGCUGCCCCUUGUGCAGCAGGCCAAGAAAGAUCGCAGCGACUGGCUCAUAGUUUUCUCGCCUGACACAGAGCUCCCGCCGACUGGGUCCCUGGGAGGUUCUUUGGCACCCCCGCGAGAAGUCACCACCUUUAAGGAACUCCGGUCUCGAAGCCGAGCCCAGCCACUGCCAGGCCCGCCUAGGGACCCUCCGGCUGGGUGGGCUUUGGUCCCGCCUCGGCCGCCUCCCCCUCCCGUCCCUCCGCGGAGGAAGAAGAAUCGACUUGGGCUGCAGCCCAUCGCCGAGGGGUUGCCGGAGGAGGGCAGGGCUGGCAGCCCCGCCGUGGGUGAGGAGGCCCCCGCAGCUCAGGAGCCGGAGGAGCCGCGCGCGCACGCCGUGGCCGGUCCCCCGCUAUUCCCUCGGCCCCCGAUUUUCCGGUUCUCGGCCGACGGGCGCCCCCUGUUGGAGGGUGGGUGCGCGGGCGCACCCAGGUCCCUGCUCUUGACGCCUCUAACCGGGUGGCCCAAUUCCCGGUUGCAGCUGCUGGGGGCAGGGAGUCCCCCCGAGGAGCAUCUGCUGCCUGUGCGGCUAUCCCCGGUGGGAGCCUAUUCUCCUCCCACGCGGGGGACCUUGCCUUGCCUGGCCAGCCCCGAGCUGGCCUUGCUGCUAUCCCCGCUCUUCCCCAGAAGUAGCACCUUCCCCGCCGCGGCGCCCCCACCCCGCCAGGUUCCCACCCCCCCGCUGCCAACACCACCGCGUCCUCCGACCGCCCCUCGCUGGACCAGAAGGCCACCGCCUCCGCCCAGGCAAUUACGUAGUUCCUGGUCGUUUGCCGGUGUUCCCGGGGCCCAGCGGCUGUGGAUGGCAGAAGCCCAGAGUGGGACUGGCCAGCUGCAGGAGCAAAAGAAAGGUCUCUUGAUAGCUGUCAGUGCUUCAGUGGACAAAAUCAUCUCGCAUUUUGGGGCUGCUCGGAACUUGGUUCAGAAGGCCCAGUUGGGGGAUAGCCGGCUGAGCCCGGAUGUGGGGCAUCUGGUGCUGAGCACCCUCUGCCCGGCCCUCCAUGCUCUGGUGGCCGAUGGAUUGAAGCCAUUCCGGAAGGACCUCAUCACCGGGCAGCGCAGGAGCAGCCCUUGGAGUGUGGUGGAGGCGUCUGUGAAGCCAGGUUCCUGCCCACACUCCAUGGGGACCCUGUACAGCCAGGUCAGCAGACUGGCCCCGCUGAGUAGCAGUCGCAGCCGCUUCCACGCUUUCAUCUUGGGCCUCCUCAACACCAAACAGUUGGAACUGUGGUUUUCCAGCCUCCAGGAGGAUGCAGGUCUACUGUCCCUCCUCUAUCUGCCUACUGGCUUCUUCUCCCUGGCGCGCGGGAGCUGUCCAUCCCUGUCCACAGAGCUGCUGCUCCUGCUGCAGCCGCUCUCAGUACUCACCUUCCACCUGGACUUGCUUUUCGAGCACCACCACCACCUACCCCUAGGCCUGCAGCAGGCUCCUGCCCCUUCAGCGCCCCCUCCUGCCCUCCAGCAGACUGUGCAGGCUGUGCUCCAGUGGGGCGGACGUCUGGCUCAGAGUCUCCGAGGGACUUCAGGAGAGGCCACUACCGACUCUUCAGCCCCCUCAACGCGUCCUCCACCAGGCAGCUGGUGGGAUCAGCUGACCCAGGCAUCUCGGGUCUACGCCUCUGGUGGCACUGAGGGCUUCCCUCUUCUCCGGUGGGGACCCAGGUGUCGCGGAACUACAGCUGAGGAUGCGCAGGAGGCACCUCCGCCCACGGAACAGACCACACCUGGCCGAAGCAUGUGGUUGGGGCGGCUAUUUGGUGUGCCUGGGGGCCCGUCAGAAACUGAGAAUGGAGCCUUCAGGUCCAGGUGUGUGCACAUGGGACUACAGUAUGGCCCCUUCAUCCUUCUUUCUUUGACUUCCCCCAGGGCUGUCCGGGCUCUCUGUGAUCACACUGCUGCAGGACCUGACCAGCUGAGCUUCCAGCGUGGGGAAGUGCUUCAUGUCAUUGCUACAGUGAAUGAGGACUGGCUUCGCUGUGGGCGUGAUGGUGUGGAGGGGCUGGUUCCUGUGGGGUACACCUCCCUUGUUCUCUAGCUGUGGACUGGAAGAGCUCAUGACCGCUGUUCUCGGGAACUGGAGCAUUUUCUCCUGCACACACCCAUUUCUGACAGAGUAAACUCUCCUUCCCUUAGCACCCACCUGGAAGGGGAAAUGUGCUCUUGCAGACGCGUAGAAAGGACUUCCUGUCUACAGGACUCCCUUCUCCGUCUACACAAGAGAACCCUUCCUUUCUACAAAUUAGCAUCUUUCCCUCCUACCUUCACCCGUGGACUGUGCAGGAUAGUCCAUGCCUCUGCCCCAAGCCCACAGGACUGUGCUCUGUCUGUCCUUGUUGCCUAUAUUUAAGAUGUACCCCUGCUGUGCUAAGUGCUAGUUGCAAGCCUGGACCCGGUGGGUGGGCCUCUGCCACUGGUCUGCCUUUCCUUCCUUGUCCCAAUAAAAAGUGGGAGUUGA